UGAUCACGUCUGUAAUGCGUAUUUGAAAUGUUUUUCUGUGCAAAUCAUUAGUGAAAAAUCACUAACGUUAUCUUCCCAGUUGCUGCACUAGUCUAGUAACGAUAGUGUUCAGUUGAGGUCUUGAGGACGAUUUCAGUGUGUGAUGUGCCAAGAAGACAUAGACAAGAAAUAAUGAAUUAAAAGCAAAUCUCGUCUCAUGGCAGAGGUCUACUAUGUUGGAGUGGACGUGGGCACUUCCAGUGUGAGGGCUGCACUGGUGACCAGGGCGGGCCUGCUGAAGAGCACUGCAGAGGAGCCCAUCAGCAUCUGGGAGCCCCAAUCUGACCAUUAUGUCCAGUCCUCCACUGAGAUCUGGGAGAAAUGCUGCACAGUGGUCAAACGAGUUACCCAAAGUGUGGAGAGGAGUCUGGUACGAGGGAUUGGCUUUGAUGCCACCUGCUCUCUAGUGGUUUUGGACCAAAGCUUCCAGCCUGUGCCAGUCAGUCAGGAUGGUGACAGACAAAGGAACGUGGUGAUGUGGAUGGACCAUCGUGCUGAAGAGCAGGCUGCUCGUAUAACAAAUGCCGGCCACAGGGUCCUGAGCAGGGUGGGAGGGGUCAUGUCACCAGAGAUACAACCCCCUAAGCUGCUCUGGCUCAAAGAGAAUCUAAAAGAAAGCUGCUGGAACAAAGCUGCUCACUUUUUUGACCUUCCAGACUUCCUGUCUUGGAAGGCAACAGGCUCUUUGACACGGUCUUUAUGUACUCUGGUGUGUAAAUGGACAUAUUGCCCUCCAGAAGGAUGGGAUGCCAGUUUUUGGACUAGCAUUGGCCUGGAGGAUCUCCUCGAAAACAGUUUUUCCAAAAUAGGCAGUGUGACGUGCGCUCCAGGGAGCCCGUUGGGGGACGGCCUCACCCAGCAGGCAGCAGCAGAUUUGGGUUUGGACCCAAGAACUGCAGUUGCUGCUUCUCUCAUUGAUGCUCAUGCUGGAGGCCUUGGUGUUAUAGGUGCAGAUGUAAAAGGCUUUCACUUGCCCUGUGAGGACCAGCCAAUCACCUCACGCAUGGCAAUGAUCUGUGGGACAUCAACCUGUCACAUGGCGCUCAGCGAGCAGCCUCUGUUUGUGCCAGGAGUGUGGGGGCCCUGCCUGUCUGCCAUGGUGCCUGGCAUGUGGCUCAACGAGGGAGGACAGAGCGCUACGGGAAGGCUGAUCGACCACAUGGUGAAGGGUCACACCGCUUACACCCAGCUCCAGGAACAGGCACGGCAGAGACUUCCUUUUACUGGAGAGAAUAUCUACAGCUACCUGAACAGCCACCUGAGUUUAAUGGCCAACUCCGGUUCUGCUGUUGACCUGCUGGGCUCCAGUCUGCACUUGUGGCCAGACUUUCACGGGAACAGGUCUCCCCUGGCUGACCCCACCUUGAAGGGCAUGGUGAUCGGACUGUCACUCUCCCAAACUUUGGAUGACUUGGCCCUGCUCUAUUUGGCCACUGUACAAGCCCUCGCUCUUGGUACUCUUCAUAUUCUCGAGGCUAUGAAAGAAGCAGGACAUGACAUCAGAACCCUCUUCCUGUGUGGCGGGUUGAGCAAAAAUGCUCUGUUUGUACAGAUUCAUGCCAACGCUACAGGAUUGCCUGUGGUGUUGCCUGACCAGAUAGAGGCUGUGCUAAUAGGAGCAGCAGUCCUGGGUGCAUGUGCAUCACAGGACUACAGCACUAUACAGGAGGCAAUGGAGAAAAUGGCUAAAGUGGGGAAAGUUGUUCAGCCUGACAAUGAACUCCAGAGCUUCUAUGAGAGAAAGUACAAAGUGUUCCUGCGACUGUUCGCCCACCAGAGGGAGUACCAAGCCAUCAUGAACCAGAGAUGACACUGCUGGUGGGAGGCGGCCAAGUUGGAACUGACUCUCUCUGACGUAAUAGUGAUGACAAAUCCACACACUAGAGACAAGAACAGUAGUCUUAACCCUGCUAAUUUCCCUGAUAUUAUUAAUGGCCCAGUUUGAAGGAACCUGAAGGAAAACCGCUCUCUGUGGCUGACUAUCUGUCAGGGGUUAAGUUGGUUCUGGAUAUAUGACUGGCAGAAUUUAGACUUCACACAUGCUCGAUUUAACACCACCUGGCAGAUGACAGUAAAGAAGACCUUUAUGGGGACAAGCUGUUGGAGCUUUCCAUGGCUGUCUGUCCUUGUAGAUCCACUGUUGCAUUUCUACCCAAAACAAAGAGCAGGAUGCAGGAGUGAAGGAGGUAACAUCGACAGAUUUUACAGUGUUCACUUGCUCCAUCCAAAGUCACAAACCGGCAAGUACUGACACCUUCAAAUGUAUUCCUAAUAAAAAAUUUAAAUGAUAGAACUGUG